AUGGCUGGCUCUGUCAAAGUCUUGCCUACCGUCUCGACCGCCGAGCUAACAAGCAUCAUCCAUAGACUGGAAGCGGCCACCUCCCGACUUGAGGAUAUAGCUUCGUCCACUGUCGAACCUCCCAAAUUGAACGGCGCCGCUCCCACAGCUGCCCCUACGGGCCCGCUUCCUCCCCUUCCCGUGGUCAAUGAAGUCCCACCGACCCCCAAGCCGGUGUUUGAACCAUUACCCGAAUCCGUGGAAGACUUCGACUUAUUCAUAAACGGCGCAGUCAAGAAAUAUGUGGCCCAAAGUAAUGAGCUGGGGGGCCCCGUUGCAAAGCAGGCUGCCAGCGUCCUUCGUGCCUUUACUUUACAACGGGACUUCAUCCUCCUAACCACAAAAGCGAAGAAACCCGAUUACAGCACCCCCAUAUUCGAGAAGCUCCUCAAGCCUUUCUUUGAAAUAAGUGUAGCUAUCGGCGAGAUACGAGAUGCCAACCGUGCUUCGCCCUUCUUCAACCAUUUGAGUGCAGUUUCGGAGAGUAUUUCGGUGCUUUCUUGGAUUGCGAUCGAUACCAAGCCGCACAAGCAUGUGGAGGAGUCUUUGGGGUCGGCACAAUACUGGGGGAAUCGGGUUAUUAUUGAACAUAAGGACAAGGACGCCAAGCAAAUCGCAUGGGUACAAUCAUAUUAUCAAGUGUUUAAAGAUUUGGCGGAAUACAUCAAAGCCACCUAUCCUCAGGGCAACCCAUGGAAUCCUAAAGGAGUGUCAGCUGAGGAGGCAUUAAAGACUAUUCAGCAAUCACAGUCAAAUGGGCCAACCUCGAAGCUUCCACCUCCCGGCGCUGGGGCUCCACCGCCACCUCCUCCACCAGGGCCGCCACCACCACCUGCAAGAUUUGAUGAUGUGCCAAAACCCGCUCCUGCAGCGAACUCCAGCGGAAUUGGUGCAGUCUUCAAUGAACUGAACCAAGGAGAGGCGGUCACCAAGGGUCUCCGAAAGGUCAAUGCCGAUCAGAUGACACACAAGAAUCCUUCACUUCGGGCUGGAGCAACAGUGCCUACUCGCAGCGACAGCCAAUCCAGCGUAUCGUCGAUAUCUCGAGCCAAGAGCCCAGCGCCCCCUGGUAAGAAGCCCAAGCCAGAAAGCAUGCGGACAAAGAAGCCUCCUGUGAAGAAGCUUGAUGGCAACAAAUGGAUAAUUGAAAACUACGACAAUGAGCCCGAGCCUGUGGAGAUCGAUGCCUCGAUACAACAUUCCAUCAUUAUCAGCCGCUGCAACAAAACCACAAUCAUAGUGAAAGGCAAGGCAAACGCUAUCACAAUCGACAACUCCCAGCGACUAUCUCUCAUUAUAGAGUCUCUCGUGUCAUCCGUCGACGUAAUCAAAGCCUCCAACUUCGCUCUUCAAGUCUUGGGCACCCUUCCUACGAUUCUCAUGGAUCAAGUGGAUGGUGCACAGGUGUAUCUCGGCAAAGAGAGCAUGAACACCGAAGUGUUCUCCAGCAAAUGCUCAGGCAUCAAUUUAAACAUCAUUGAGGGCGAGGACGAAGAUUAUAAGGAGGUUCCGCUACCGGAGCAGAUUCGAACUUAUAUUGGCGAGGAUGGGAAGGUUGUUAGUGAGAUUGUGGAGCAUUCUGGUUGA